AUGGGAUCUAAAUCGCUUAAUCACCUAAAUAUGUUCCCUCGUCAACCAAAUUGGCUAUUCAAACAAGAUACACCUCAUAUUUACCCUGAUAGUCCUACAUUACCUGAUUGGAAAUAUCAAUAUACUAAAGGAGGUUUUAUUGAUGAAUAUGGUCGAAAACAUACUUCCGGAUAUGAAUACAAUUGGGAUUAUACAGAAAUAUUUAAUGAAGUCGAUAUGGAACAUCAAAUGAAUGUAGAAUAUUACACGCGAGCAUAUGAUGCAGUCAUUCAAGGUAUAAGAAGACAUACAAAUAAUUAUGACAUGAAAUAUGUUGGAAUGGUUUUGGGAUAUCAUAAUGAAUUCGAUUGGUAUCGAUAUUUUCUUAAUCAUUCAAAUCAUGCGCCAGAUAUUCCACUAGAUUUUAUUGCAUAUCAUUUCUAUGCUAUAGCUAAUAAUCGUACUGAUCCAAAAGAUUGGGAAUCCUUCUUUAGUCAACUUGAUACAUUUACAUUAGAAAUCGAAGAGAUUGAAGAAAUACGCAAAAGUCUUUCGCCAGAAACACGAACAACUAUUGAUGAAUUGGGUGUGAUUCUUCCUGAUGAUAAUACACCAGGAGCCCCACGAUUUCCUUUAGUAUAUUGGAAUGCUGCAUCUGCACUCUUUGCAUAUGCAUGGGCAAAAAUAUCUCGACAAGGUAUCGAUGUUAUUGCACAUAGUCAACUUGUUGGCUAUCCGGAAUUACCUGAUCUUCAAUUUCAACCUAACUAUCCAAGUGUCACUAUGCUCAACUGGACCACAGGAGAAGGAACAGCCAAAUAUUGGACAUUAAAACUUCUUAUCGAGACAGCUGAUAUUGAUAAUGAUCAAGCAGUUGUUACGCGAACAAUCGAUGGCGGUGAACAGAAUGUCUUUAGUCAAGCAUUUACUGGGAAAGAUGAUCGUCGAUGGGUGCUGAUUGUUAAUAAACGAUAUACUGAUAUUGAUGUACUUUUGCCUGGAUGUAUAGGAGGUCGCAUGCAAAUUGUAAAUGAAGCAUCUGGUUUUGGACCUGCAACAGAAGUAACAUUAACAUUGAAUCGAAUAACAUUAAGUCCAUUUGCUGUUGCUGUCAUUCAUAUGCCUCCUACAAAUGUACUAUGA